AUGGGAGAUGAAAGUUCAAAGAAAACUAAGCUCUCGUGGUCGAAGAAAAUGGUGAGGAAGUUUUUUAAUAUCAAGUGCAAAUGUGAAGAUUCUCGAGAUGAUGACGUUGUUUGUGGAGGAAGUGAGGUUGAAUAUGGAAGCAGGAAUAGCUUUUCUGAGAGAGAGCCAUGCACAAUCAAAAAGAGCAAAACAGAGAAGUUUAGUAGGAACAGCAGUCAGGUUAGACGAGGAAGAAUGAAUCUCGAUCAUCCUCGAAUUAUAGAUGUGCAGAACUAUAGCAUUUUUGUAGCUACAUGGAAUGUAGCUGGAAGAUCCCCACCAAGUAAUUUGAAUGUAGAUGAUUGGCUUCAUUCUUCACCACCAGCUGACAUUUAUGUUCUUGGAUUUCAAGAGGUAGUUCCAUUGAAUGCUGGUAAUAUCCUAGGGGCAGAGGACAAUGGCCCUGCCAAAAAAUGGCUGGCUCUUAUCAGAAAGACUUUAAACAAUCUUCCUGGAACAAGUGGAAGUAGUGGAUGUUAUACACCAUCUCCAAUUCCUCAGCCAGUUGUAGAGCUGAACGCAGAUUUCGAGGGAUCAGCUAGGCAGAAGAAUUCGUCUUUCUUCCACAGACGAUCUUUCCAAACGGCUUCUAGUGGUUGGGGAAUGGACAAUGAUCCUUCAAAUGUUCAGCCGCAGGUAGAUAGAAGAUACAGUGUAUGCGACCGUGUAAUUUUCGGUAACAGGCCUAGUGAUUUUGAUCCUAGUUUAAGAUGGGGUUAUAGGCCUAGUGAUUAUUCAAGGGCAAGUGACUACUCGAGACCGAGUGAUUAUUCAAGAUGGGGUUCCUCUGAUGAUGAUAAUGGCCUUGUGGAUUCACCGAGUACAGUCUUAUUUUCACCAAUGUCAACUAAUUGUGGAUCUGCCUCUAAUGAAGAUGGAUAUAGCAUGCCGGGACAUUCAAGGUACUGCCUUGUUGCAAGUAAGCAAAUGGUGGGAAUUUACCUUACCGUAUGGGUAAAAGGUGAACUCAAAGAUCAUGUUCGAAACAUGAAAGUAUCGUGUGUUGGCAGAGGAUUGAUGGGUUAUCUUGGAAAUAAGGGAUCCAUCUCAAUUAGUAUGUCUGUCCAUGAAACAAGCUUUUGCUUUAUAUGUAGUCAUUUAACCUCAGGACAGAAAGAGGGUGAUGAACUAAGAAGAAAUUCUGAUGUAUUGGAAAUUCUUAAAAAGACUAGGUUUCCUCGUGUUCAUGGCGUGGACAACGAGAAAUCUCCUCAGACAAUCCUUGAGCAUGAUCGAAUUAUAUGGCUUGGAGAUUUGAAUUAUCGGAUCGCUCUCUCAUACCGUUCUGCGAAGGCACUUGUUGAGAUGCAAAACUGGAGAGCAUUGUUAGAAAAUGAUCAAUUGCGAAUAGAGCAAAAAAGAGGUCGCGCAUUUGUGGGAUGGAACGAAGGGAAGAUAUAUUUUCCUCCAACAUAUAAGUAUUCAACUAAUUCAGAUCGAUACUCGGGAGAUGAUAUGCACCCCAAGGAGAAAAGGAGAACACCUGCAUGGUGUGACCGUAUUUUAUGGUACGGAGAAGGUCUCCAUCAGUUAUCUUAUGUUCGCGGGGAAUCAAGAUUCUCAGACCAUAGACCAGUUUAUGGCAUAUUUUGGGCUGAGGUUGAGUCAACUCAUGGAAAAUUGAAGAAAAGUAUGAGUUGUUCUGGUUCCAGAAUUGAGGUGGAUGAACUUAUGCCAUAUUCCGGGGGAUAUACUGAGCUAAACUUUUUCUAA